CCGACGAAUGUUAGCAAUUGAAGUUCUUCUUGAUUUGUGGAAUACUAGAUUUGAUGUUUCGGUAUGUUUGGAACGAAUCGUCGUAAAAGGGUUUUCUAGGGAUCUACCGGAGGUUACGGAUCGGUAGCCAUUUGAGAUAAACAUGUCUUACUUGGGAAAUUCGUUUACUUGUGUCGAAUACAAUAAGGGAGCUAGAUCUUGUUGGAUCGUAUACUUUUGACUGGCGCAGCGCACUAGGUUUCUUGUGGUAUGGCAUCCCAAGUCGAUCAUUUGAUGCUCCAUCCUACGUUCCAAUGCGUUCACCUUUCUUCUACUAUUUCUUAAGAGAAAGAUAAUCGAUUUUUUUUUCUUUUUGCCUUUUCUUUCUCCGGUAGGAUGCUUUGUCAUCGAGUUUGUUGUAUAACCUGCAAACCUUUUUUAUGAUCAAGAAAGUAUGGUAAAUUGGUCUGUUUAUGUUUUGAUGCGAGAUGCUUAUUAUUGUGGAUAUUCUAGACAUGCCAACAGAUUUGAAGCAGUUUCCAAUCUUUCUGGUAGCUUGUAAUUCUUGAUGUUAUGUUUCUGUGACCCACGUUUGGAAUUGGAUGAGUUUUCAGACUUACUAUAUUAGACGUAUCUUUUGGUCUACAGCAUGAGAGCCAUGACGAUCUUCUUCUUUCUUGUUGGCUGGUAUAUGUCCAUUAUGCAAGUGCAAGGACCUUGGAUGUUCGAAGUUUGGGUGCUCGUGACCGAUGCAUGAGAGAUGUGAUCAGAAUCUUGAAACCCAUAGGUGUUGGGAAGAGUUGCCUCCUUUUGCGUUUCUCUGAUGGCUCCUUCACGACAAGUUUCAUUACUACUAUCGGUAUUGAUUUUAAGAUAAGGACUAUUGAGCUGGAUGGCAAACGGAUUAAAUUGCAAAUUUGGGAUACUGCUGGCCAGGAGCGAUUUCGAACUAUAACAACUGCUUACUAUCGGGGUGCCAUGGGUAUCUUGCUUGUUUAUGACGUCACUGAUGAGUCAUCUUUUAACAACAUAAGGAAUUGGAUCCGCAACAUUGAACAACAUGCUUCUGACAAUGUCAACAAGAUUCUUGUCGGUAACAAGGCUGACAUGGAUGAGAGCAAACGGACUGUGCCGACUGCAAAGGGACAAGCACUUGCUGAUGAAUAUGGAGUCAAGUUUUUCGAAACGAGUGCAAAGACAAAUCUAAAUGUGGAACAGGUCUUCUUUUCAAUAGCUGGAGAUAUCAAGCAAAGACUUGCGGAAAGCAAUAACAAACCUGAGGAUCGGACAAUCAAGAUUAACAAACCAGACCAAGCAGCUGCUGAAGGUACUGCAGCACCGAGAUCAGCAUGCUGUGGAUCCUGAGACAAUGAUGGGAUCGGAUGUAGGUAACUGACGGGGUGGGUGGGUGCUUGUAAUUUUAAUCCUCAUAAUAUUUGUUCAUUUAUGGACACCAUAUUUGAUCGAAGCUCUUGUGGGUUUAAUCUCGAGCGAUAUUGUUUACUGCUUGUUCAUCUUUUGUUGCACCCUUGCAACACGGAAAAGCCUGAAGAUGGCGGACAGUAGCAAAAUUUGUCUCGAUUUGGUGCCUUAAUAAUCUUUUUUUGACCAA